AUGAAUUUAAAUAGACCUCUUCCUAAUAUACUCGUAACAGGAACACCUGGUGUGGGAAAGUCGACUAUCAGCAAGAAGUUAGCUGAGCGUACUAAAUUCGCUUGGAGGGAGGUUUCAAAAUUAGCGGAAGAACAUAAUUGUCUUGAUGAGUAUGAUGCAGAGUAUCAAUGCCCGUUUCUUAAUGAAGAUAAGCUACUGGAUAUUAUGGAAGGAAUGAUGGCAAAAGGUGGCAAUAUAGUUGACUAUCAUGGAUGUGAAUUCUUCCCAGAACGAUGGUUUGAUGGAGUUUUUGUAAUACGAACAAACAACACUACCCUUUAUGACAGGUUAUCUGCAAGGGGAUAUACUGGUAAGAAAUUAGAAGACAACAUACAGUGCGAAAUCUUUGAGACAUUACUAGAGGAGGCCCAAUCUUCGUACAAACCAGAAAUAAUAAUGCAAUUACAGAAUGAAACUCCAGAACAACUACAAGAAAAUAUUGAAAAGAUCAUUGAAUGGAUUGAAAGGUGGAAGGAACAAAAUAUAUGA